GUUCGAUUUCCAAAUAUGGUAUGGCUCUGUUGCGUGGUCCGUCCCUGCCCCUUUCUGUAUGCUCCAACGAAGUGUACUUGCCAUAUUUCGCAAGUAAAAAACGUGCGUUUUGAGCAUCCACGUCGACCACGUGAAUUAUGUCUGGCUUGGUUUUCUGCGGAGAAUGGAUUCUGACAGCCUGUGGCAACAAGCUCAUAGCGAUCCACACGAAAGAGUCCAGGGAACCAUUUGUGUUUGACUGCAGCUGUGCUGAGAAGAAGGCAAAAAGUGCAAAAGAUGAAAAUGUCAGUGAUGGCGAUGCCUCAGAGGACACCGGAAGUGACCGAGUCCUGGCUUUUGCUGGAUCUUCAUCUGGAAGACUGAUGGCAUUAACUGAUGACACCAAACGACUGGUUCUGUUUAAGAGUGAACCUACAUGGCACUGCAUUGGCAUCAGGUGGGUGAUUAGGAGGUGCACAUCACUGGUGUUCAGCCAGGCAGAAGAUGAACUGUUGGUGGCUGACAAGUCUGGAGAUGUUUACUCCUUCUCAGUUGUGGAACCGCAGAAGGAGGGUGAGCUGAAGAUGGGCCACCUUUCAAUGUUGCUAGCUAUGACCAUAUCUCCAGAUGACCAAUACAUCAUUACAGCUGACCGUGAUGAGAAGAUUAGAGUGAGCCGUCACAAGUCACCUUAUGAUAUCCAGUCUUAUUGCUUAGGACAUCACCAGUUUGUCAGCACACUGCAGAUCCCUUCAGGGCAUCCACACUGGCUGCUCUCUGGAUCAGGGGAUGGAACAGUAAAGCUUUGGGAGUUUGAGUCUGGCCGCAGGCUGCAGAGCUGGGACCUUGGACGACUUGAAGACACUCAGAGUUCUAAUGCUGCCAAAGGAAAGACUAUAGCUGUGCGUCGUGUCAGCAGCUCCCCAGGUGGCCGUGAUGUAGCUGUGCUGUGUGAGGGUGUGUAACUACGAGUAAUGACCUCACCAGAGUUACUGACAUGCUGAGAACACACUGGAUUACAUCUGAUGAUUUCAGAAAGAUCACAAACAGUUUUGAGCACCUCUACAAAGCAAGCUUUGACAAUGUCGCAGUGUACCUGCAGAAGAAGCAGCAGCGGCUUGAGGAGCAUCAACUGAAAAGGACAAAGCCUCAGAAAAUAAAAUACAACAAGCGGUCAAUGAAGGAGCGAGACGAAGUUUUGACUCAGCCUUCUGCCUGAGUAUACAGUAACGGCAAUCUUUUGGGUUUUGUACUGUUAACGUGCGUCUUACCAAUGAUAUGUUUCAUUUAACUGCCUAAUACUGUUAUUUAAAACAUUCCUUCAUUUGGCAUUACCAUUGAAAAAACCUGUCAGUAUGAAACAUAUACACUUUGUUGCUACAAUUCCACAAAAUAAAACCUUAAUGCAAGACCU